CCACGCAACGAACGCCUUCUUCGCUCCGACAGGCAACAAUCCGCAAACUGCCCUGCCCAUUGAACCAUCUCUACGACCUUACGAACCUCGCCGUCGCCUUUUGCAGCACUUACCGAUUCAAUUCGACCUUGCACUCUUCGCCUCCCACUGCAUUUAAUUGUUAAUCCUCAACCAUCUGUCGACAGAAACGCGCUUCCAGCACCCUUGCUCCUCUCGGCCUCAGGCUCUACGCGAACGCCCACCUCGAAAUUCACGGACGCAACUUUUUGCGCCUGCACACAAUCCCAUACCCAAGCUCGACAGAGCCCGACUAACGCUUCCCGACCAAAGCUGCACGUCCAGUGCAUCGGGGCGCUACUGUGGACCGCGAUUCCCAGCUUUCAAAUUCGACAGUUGUUGCACCACCCGCGAUAUCUCAUGGCCAUAAACUGCCGUGGACGUUAACCCUCCUCCACCGAACCGCCCACCUCUUUUCACCUACCCACCGAGAAUGGCGCCCACAAGUGCGGCCAUAACAGGGCUGCUACGGCAGGUAGUCUACUACCAUGUCGACAACAGUGCCUACGAGAAUGCCCUCUUUUUCGCCGAGAGGCUAAGCGCCCAAGAUCCCAAGUCGAGCGAGUCUGCACAUCUCCUGGCUCUAUGCCACCUUCGCCUUGGUGACCACCGAACCGCCUUCGAAGUCAGCAGGCCAUCAGCUUCCCGUGGGACGAAUCUGGGUGCCGCCUGGGUGUUUGCGCACGCAUGCGUCAAAAUGGAACGAUACAAAGACGGCAUCAAUGCCCUAGAAAAAGCUCGGGAGAAGUGGAUCGGCAAGACGAACAUAGGCAAGCAUACCACCUCGACUCGCUCGCUUUACCCAGAUGAAGCUGCGGUUCUGUGUUUGCUAGGGAAGCUAUACCGGGCGUAUGAUGACAAGCGGAGGGCAAUCGAAUGUUUCGAGACUGCAGUGAGAGUCAACCCUUUCAUGUGGGAUGCCUUUCAGGCCCUCAGCGACAUGGGCGUUAAACUGCGCGUACCAAAUAUUUUCCAGGUCACCGAUCCCCUCGUUCAUUGUUUCGAACAGGAUCAGGGAGUGUUGCCCCAGGAGCCUAAGGAGAGCUCGGCAAAUUCAUUCGAGCCCAAACGACCUCCGAUUCGUUCAACGGCGGACUCAUCUGACCCCUUUAACCUUCACCGAUCCUCUACAUAUCAGGAUCUGCCUUAUAGCGCCAACGUCUUCUCCGCGGAAGCAGAGGAGAAUGAUUUCAUGUCAAAAAUCACAGCAGCAAGAUCUAGGCUAGCCCCGCCAUCCACGAGUAACGGUGAGCUCGAUCUCAUGGAGACACCUACCGGCCCAGUGUCCAUGCCAGAGGUUCCUACUAUGCGUUCAGCUUUCGGCGCUGCGGAGCCACCACAGGCGCCGCCGCGGAGGACAAGAACAGCCCAGGCCGUGGAUCCCGGCUUUUUGGAAGUCCCACCGAAGAUGAGUUACAAAUUAGGUGCCAAAAGAAGCACCAGAAGCCAAGACAAGGAUUCAGUCGAGCUGCAUUCCGACACUGGGACCGGAACUAUGCGGUCGACCAUGGCACCCACGGAGCGGAAGAGGACGGUUUCGGGCCACCCGGUAUCUAGGCAACACUCCGAAGAAGCCAACGCUCCUGCACAACGGAGAAGUGCCAGGCUUAACAUGUUUAACAAACCCUCAAUUGCCAAAGCGAAUUCUGGCGCUGCUACCAUCGGCGCCGCUGCAACUCGUGAGCUGAAGAAGGCUAGACCCCAGAUUUCACGGAUAAUGCGACCUGGCUCUAGUGGCUCCAGUGUUGGUAGGGUCGUGAGCGGCAACCGCAAGCCGGUCGAAGACAGUGGUAUGGAUGUCGAUCACGCCGAGACCACUCGUGUGAGAGAGCCUCAUGCGGUCCAGCACGCCGUACCGAAAGCCGUCUCACACGAACUCGACAACGUCAGGAUUGAGGAGGCCUUGAGAUGGGUUAUGGAGUUGCUCAAGAAAUUUGCCUCUGGGUACUACUCACUCAAAGCUUUCCGGUGCCAGGAGGCCCUGCAAUUCUACGCUUCUCUACCUCGGAGCCAGCAAGAUACACCUUGGGUGUUGGCGCAAAUGGGCCGAGCCCAUCACGAACAAGGAUCAUACAAGGACGCCGAGAAGUACUUCAGAAAAUUGCGGGUGGUGGCGCCUACGCGGAUGGAUGACAUGGAAAUCUACUCGACGAUUCUUUGGCAUCUCAAGCGGGAAACGGACUUGUCAUUCUUGGCUCAUGAGCUGGUCGAUGCCGACUGGACAUCUCCACAAGCCUGGUGCGCUCUCGGCAAUGCCUGGUCGUUGGCAAGAGAGCAUGAAAUGGCUCUGCGCUGCUUCAAGCGAGCGACGCAGCUAAAUUCCAAGUUUGCAUAUGCUUUUACGCUUCAAGGCCACGAGCACGUCGCCAACGAAGAAUACGAAAAGGCCCUCAGUGCCUUCCGCAAGGCUGUUACGGCGGACCGCCGCCAUUACAACGCCUACUAUGGCAUUGGCCAGGUCUUUGAGAAACUGGGUAACUACGAAAAGGCCUACGUUCACUUCCAUACGGCAUCCGAUAUCAACCCGACCAAUGCCGUCCUCAUCUGCCGUAUCGGAGCGAUCCUGGAAAGGCAGAAGCAAAUGAUAGCCGCGUUACAAUUCUAUACCAAAGCCACGGACCUGGCGCCACGAGCACCCAUAGUACGGUACAAAAAGGCACGCGCGCUGAUGAGUCUGGGCAAGGUAGAUCUUGCGGAGAAAGAGUUGCUCAUUUUGAGGGAUGUAGCCCCUGAUGAGGCCAUGGUACACUUUUUACUUGGCAAGUUGUACAGGAGCCUCAAUGAAAAGCAGAUGGCGGUACGAGCUUUCAGCAAUGCUCUUGCUUUAGAUCCAAAGGCGAGUCAGUCGAUCAAGGAUGCCAUCGAGAGCAUCGAGGAUGACGUGGGCAUGGAAGACUCCAUGAUGACAUAGGAUGACAGGAUGAAGAAGGUCGUCUUCGACUGAGGCUGUUUUGCCCUAUCAACAGGAGCGGGAUGUUGUCCGCGACUGUACAUGCGUCUUCUGUGGGCGGUGCGAGAAUUGGCAACGAGUCCGGGUUCCCACGACGAGACGAGAGCGAGGUU